GCCGCCGGGACAGAGAGAGGAGAGUUAGAUUCGAGAAAAGUGCUUUGAUCUCUCUUCUUCUCGUUAAUCUCAAACGCAAGAUUCCUUCCUUCAAGGGUUUUCUAUCGUUUUGGGGAACGAAGAUCGUAGUGGAGUGAUUGCGAUUUUUCUCUCGAUCGAUUCGAUAGAUAGAUGGCAUCAGAGGAUGUGAAGAGGAGCGAAUCAGCAGCUGUAUCAACGAUCGUGAAUCUGGCGGAGGAAGCGAGGGAAGGAGUCAAAGCUCCGGGCUAUGCUGUCCUCAGCAUCUGCAAGUCUCUCUUCGCCGGUGGCGUCGCUGGUGGAGUGUCACGAACUGCAGUUGCACCUCUGGAGAGGAUGAAGAUAUUGCUUCAGGUGCAGAAUCCACAUAACAUAAAGUAUAGUGGGACUGUUCAAGGGUUGAAGUAUAUUUGGAGAACGGAAGGUCUUCGUGGUCUGUUCAAAGGAAACGGAACCAACUGUGCUCGUAUUGUUCCUAACUCGGCUGUCAAGUUUUUUAGCUAUGAACAGGCUUCCAAGGGUAUACUGUACUUGUAUCGUCAGCAGCCAGGAAAUGAAAAUGCCCAACUCACUCCUCUUUUACGGCUUGGAGCUGGUGCAACUGCUGGAAUAAUAGCCAUGUCUGCAACAUACCCUAUGGAUAUGGUUCGUGGAAGGCUUACUGUCCAGACGGCAAACUCUCCUUAUCAAUAUAGAGGAAUUGCACAUGCUUUGUCCACUGUCCUGCGUGAGGAAGGCCCACGAGCCUUGUACCGUGGUUGGCUUCCGUCAGUGAUUGGAGUUGUUCCAUAUGUGGGGUUGAACUUUGCGGUCUAUGAGUCUCUAAAGGACUGGCUAGUCAAAGACAAUCCAUUCGGACUAGUGGAGAACAACGAGCUGACCAUUAUCACAAGACUCUCUUGUGGUGCUAUAGCUGGAACAGUUGGUCAAACAAUUGCUUAUCCACUGGAUGUGAUUCGUAGGAGAAUGCAAAUGGUUGGGUGGAAAAGUGCCUCCUCUGUUAUUACAGGCGAGGGGAGAAGCAAGGGUGCGCUUGAAUACAGCGGUAUGGUUGAUGCAUUUAGGAAGACAGUUCGUCAUGAAGGCUUUGGAGCAUUGUACAAGGGUUUGGUCCCCAACUCAGUGAAGGUUGUACCAUCAAUUGCGAUUGCGUUUGUGACAUAUGAGAUGGUGAAAGACGUUUUAGGAGUGGAGUUUAAGAUAUCAGACUGAGUCCAUUUGAUGAUACCUUCAAGAAGAGAGAGAGAAAGAGAGCAGGACACUUCUAUUUUUGUAGCCAGAGGAGACAGAAGGGAAGUUCAGAAGUUGUAGGGGGCUUUUAUUUCAAUCUCCUUUCAUCAUAUCCGUGGAAGGGGAUAAGAGGCUAUAGGUCAUUCAUUAGCCAAACCUUUUAUUUUUCUUUUUCGUUUUCUCUAUUUUUAUAGAUUGUUUCUUCAGAAUCAGAAUAAGUCCAGAGGCAAACCUUUAUCAAAACAUUCAAACCUGUUUUUGCUGUUGGAGCUCUUGUGUUUGCAGGUUUUGGUUGGGUCUUUUGACGUUAAGUUUCCACUAUUGUUAUGACUCUCGUGGAUUAGAUUGAAUAAUUCUGCGUUUCUUGUAGUUUUCUUUUCUUACGAAUUUGUAUCGUCUAAGACAAGAUUCAUGAUGUGUGUGCUACUCUAUCAGUGUUUUAUGUGAAACAAAACUCAAAAGAAAAAAGGUGAUACUUAAAAGAA